AUGUCUAUUUGUGAAGCCACCGCCGAUCUGUCCGCGCGUGGCUUGGAAACCAAACUGGAUAUGCAAGGUCCCGCAUACACGGCCCUUCCGCUCAAGGUCCUGGAAGUUGGUUUCCAGCUCGACACCGAAAGCUGCGAAUCAGUGACUCUGCACCACCAUCUCCGAACGCUUCAAACUGCUAUGAAAGUAUACAAGAGCAAGUGGGACGGGAUCGACCCUGUCUUUAAUCACGUUGGGGUGCUGAUUCCGAUUCCCUCGGCACCACCCAUCUAUGAGAGCACAACCGACCCUUCGCUGCCAGAAGCCUAUCGUCCGGCCAAUGCGAUCUCGACUUCGUCGUUUAAGCACACGUGGUGUGAACUGUUCAGGCGACACCGCGCCUUAUACCUUCAGGUCACCACGACUUUGAACUUCUGUAUCGCCCGGGGGGAACAGGUCGGACCUCAAGACUUGCCGGAGCAGCUUCGGCCAGACUUCUUCACGCCUGCAUCGGCGGCCGUCAAAGCGACCAGGGUCGGGUCACCAAUUCCCUGGGCACCCCAAAUGGUGACUUUGGACAAUGAUUCAUGGCUUGACAGUCACAACACAUCCCUUGAUCCUUUGUUGGCCCCGGGACCGCAGGAAGAGACCGAACAUCUGACUAUGAAUAGUAGAGAAAAACACGGAGACCAGUUCGAUGACGGCCUGGAUGCCUUCUCGGGAUCCGCCAUAGAUUCCAUGUUUUCUAUGGGACUUCCAACUCUGGGCACACUGACUCCGUGGGAUGAAUUUCUCGAACACCAAAACAAUGACGCAGAACUCUGA